AUGUCAUUAAAUACAAAUUAGCAUAAUCAGAUAGACAAUUAUUAAUGGCAAGCCUCACAAAAUUCAAAAAAAUAGAACAAUAAUUCGAUGAAUGAGUCGAUGAAAAUGACAAAUGGUUUCGAAGCUAGCUUAAAUUAAAGUAAUAGUAUUCAUCGUAAAUAGAUAAAUUAGAACAUAGAGAAAAGAUCCAAAUAGCAAGCAAAUAAUAAAAGCGAAGACGAAAACAAUUAAAAUGUUUAAAAUAAUGCGAAUUAAAGUUAAAACAGCAUCAAUAAUAAUAAUAAUAAUAAUAAUAAAAAUGUUUGCUGGAUUAAUAAUGUUAGUACUCUUAGCUCUUAAGAGAAGUAAAAUAGGGCUCUUUAGUCUUUUUUCUCUGAGCAAGCACCUAAUUUGAACAAUUUAAGCAAUGCUUAGUAAUUGAGUGAUUGCAAUUAAGCAACAAAUAAAUUCUUUUAGUCUUAAAAUAGGCAAGAGACAAAACUCUCUGAAGCAGGAGAGGAUUUUAUGACUUAGCCAUUUGAUUAUCAAUAAAUUGGAUAUGAAAAUGAUCAAUAGUAGCAAGUAUAGUCAAGUUAUCAUAAUAUAGGGAGUAAUUAGCUUAAUAAUUCGAAAAAGUUAUCUACAAACGUGAAUGCUAAAAUUGAUACGUUUGGAAAUGAGUAAAACAACAUCAGAGAUGUAAAUGAAAGUAGCAUAUAAUAAAAUAAAACAGAUAUAAUAAAUCAAGAGGUAUUUGUGAAAUCAAUACUGAAUUAGCUUAUGUCAGCAGCUGCUAUGUAAAAUCAACACAAUAUGUACAAUAAUACAACCAUCCAUAGCAGAUAAUAUAGCGAAAACACACCUUUUGAUGUCUCUCUCAAUACAAAAGUUAACAAUUUUGAAUAGCAAAAUAACUUUCUCAGCCAUUCUAAUUUGAAUACAAAAAAUAAUCAGUAAAAUUUAAACAACAACAGCAGCAAUGCUAAUAAUGGAUUUUUAAAUAAAACUCAAAUCAAUGAAUUCCCUAAUCUAAUAAUGGAAGCUGCUUAAAGCAAGAAUUAGCAUUUGUAUAACUUAGAAGAAUUCAAACCAAAGUCUACUCUCAAAAUAGUCUCUCCUUCUGCUAGUUAAUUAUUACCAAAUUUAUCUGGGAGCCAUACAAACAGUUUUUUAGCACAAAAUUCCUUAACUAGUCCAACAGCUGCAUCCUAUAAUAUUGAAAAUUACCUCCCAUAAAAGAAAUACUUAAAAACUCAAUCAGACGAACUUGAUAUUUCUCUGAGUAAACAAAUAUCCCAAAUGAGUCUGAAUGACAAAAAGAACAUUAAUAUGUAAGAGUUAGCUUAAGUUCUAAUACAAGAGUUCAAAAACCAAUACAAAGUCCAAGCAUCUACAAAUGAAAAUAUCACUCUAAAAGAGCAAAAUCCGCUUCAAUACCUUUUAAUCAAGUAAAAAUAAGAAAAACUCAGCUUUGUCUAACUCCCUUCCUUGAAUCUCUAAAUAAAAAGCUCUACAAAAAUUGUGAGUGAUUCAUAGACAUAGACAGACGAUUUUUGGAGUGAGGAAUAAGGAGAAGUACAAAAUUAAAAAAAUAAGAAUAGAAAAUAAAGCUACGAGAUUGGAGGAUAAUAUUAAAUAAAUUAAAUGUUGUUAAUGUAACAGUAAAAUCAGUAAUUUAAUUAGCAAAAUGUAAACAAGUUAAAUAUAAUGGGGUAGAGCAUGGUUUCAAGAAGAAGCAGCUUAUAAAAUUAGAAUACUAUUUAGUAGCAUCCUGGUUUUGAAUAUGAACUUGAGAGCGAAUUACUUUCAGAAGAAAUUCAUUUCAAUCAUCCUAAUAAUUUUAAUCAGCUGAAUCAGUAACCACUUUCGAUGAAUACAAAUAAUACUUAGCAUAAUUAAAUGUACAUCUACAAAAAAGGAAGUAUGAAUACAGAGCAAAUAUCAAUACCUACAUUGAGUUCUCCUAAUAUUCUUAAAGCUCAAAACUGUUUUCCUGCAAAUUCUAUUCAAUCUGUUUAAUAAAAAUUUGAUUUCAGGAAAAAAUCAAACAGCAAUUAUGAAAAAUAGUUACUUACUUCGCCUUAGCAAGACGAAAACUAAUAAAAAAUAAACUCAUAGCCUUCAUAAAAUAAAUCUUUGGCAAUUAAAAAUAACAAACCUCCCCAGCAUAAUUCUAAUUUGAUAUCUGGUUAUUAAAAUGGUAUGAAUAGAAAUAAUAAAGGCCAAAAUGUUAUCGAUAAAGAAACUAUUGAAUCAUUUCAAGAAAAUAGGUAUAAUCAAGAUAUUUAAAUGAGUUCUCUUGAGGCGAAAUAAAGAUAAAAAUUAUAUGAACUAGAAAUUCAACAAAAACAGUUGGAAGAAGAAUUUCUAUAAAAGCAAGGCUAAUACUAUAACUCAAAUUAAGAUGAAGAAGACGAAGAGCUAGAAAAUAGCAAAUAAUAUUAAAUGGAAAAUAAUAAAUAAUAUGAAAUCAACAAAUACAACAACUAAUAACCAUAUUAAAGUAAAAACAUCUAAAUUUAGCAAUAUUUAAAUCAAAAUCAUUAAAAUUAAAGAAAUAUUGACUAAAAUAUGUCAGAUUACUAAAAAUCUUCAACUGUUUAAGCUAACUAAUUUAAUAACUUUUAAUAGUAAAAUCACCACAAUGAAUAAUAAGCAGAACAGAAUUAGUAGUUCUACAGAAAUAAAUAAAAUUUCUCUGAAUCUUAAAAAAAUUAUAACAAUUAAGAGGAUAAUUCUCUUGAUAUGGAGACAAUAAUGAAAUUAGAAAGAAUACCUUUUCCAAAUAUUUCUUUAUCAAGAAAGGAUAGCAUAAUAACUAAUUCCAACUAUGCGAACCUUCCUUCAUAACAAGUAAAUAAUUCUUCUUACAAGAACAAUAAUCCUGAUAACAGUCUUAUCUAGCAAAGUGGAUAUUUACAAAAUAGCUUUAACAAUGGUCCAAAUUCUUAAAACAAUUCUUUUGUGUCUUUAAAUAUUGUGCACUCCAAAAUACCAAAGGGAUUCACAAAUAGUUAGCUUAAACCUCGCAGUUUCUCAAGCAGUACAAAUUAGAAUUACUAAAACUCUUAAUAAAAUAUGAAUUAUAGCUAUUAUAACCAACCUAGUGGUGAUUACAGCGAUAACAAGUAAAAUAGCAACUAUUCUCCCAAUCAAAAAUCAGAAAAUAAGUAAGUGAAAAACUAAUCAGAACAAACAACAGGACCUGAAAAGAAAUAAACAACAUUUAGCUUUAAUCACAGUGAUUACUUGGGUGACAAUAAUUUAAAUAAAAUGGAAGUAGAUGAAGAAAAUCUGAUUAAUUAAAAAAAUAAUUUAUAUGAAGACUAAUCUUAAAAAUUAAAUUAUCACCAAUAAAACUUGCUUCCAGAAAAUCUUACAACAUUCAAAACUUUUGGUCAAACAAUAAAACCAACUUCAUCAACCUUAAAAUUAAGCCAAAGAGAAGCACUCAAUUCCACCUAAAAAGAAGAUGAUAAUUUAUUCAGUAAAAAGCAUCCCUUUUAUGAAUCUAAUGAAAAUCCUUUAAACUCUCCUCAUUAAAUAAAAUAAAACAGAGAAUUUGAGAGAAAAAUUAUAAUGAUUUAGUCUUUCUUUAGAUAUUGCUAUUAAUACAAGAGGUAAUUAUUUUAUGAAACUAUGGCUAAGUGCUUGAUUCAUAAGAAGCAAGUGUAAUAGUAAACAAAUAGAGAGAAGAAAGAGUUUUCAUAGAGAACAAAUUAUGAAGUGGAUAGAAGCAGCGAUUCAUAAUAUAACAAAGACUCAGCUGUAUAAUAAUCAAGUGAGUUAUUCAUAGACUCCAUGUUCACUUAGAGUCAAAGAAUGAACAAUUAAAAUAUUCCCAAAAAGCCUUAUUAGCAAACACCAAAAGGCGAAUAAUUAAUCAGCAAAGAGUCUUAAAAUUAGGCACAACCAUCUAGUAGGAGAAGUGUGUUUAAUUAGAUAAAUUAAAGUAGUAAUAUUUAUAAUACUAGUAAUAACUUUGCUGAUUCUAAACUUAGCUACGAUUUAACAGUUUCACCUACAACUGAAAGAAGAGUAACAUCUUAAAGAGGUAGUAAAAAACAACUUUCUCCUAAAUCAAAUAGAGAUUACAAUCAAAUCUUAGAAAGUAGCUAAUAAGCUCUUUAAUAAAACAAAGACCUCCAUAGUUAAUUAUUAAAUUUAAAGAAACAAGCAAGCUCGUAAGAAAAAUCUUGCUCCAAAUAAAUUGAAGAAGAAAGUGUCAAUAAAAGCAUUAUGAAUAAAAGCAACCAAAACCAAAUAAAUAUUUAUACAGAUAAAUCUAACCAAAGUGAUAACAAAGUAGAAUCUUCACAAAACAGUAUUAAACAAGAAUACAGAUCAAUCAAUUCUGUUUCUCACAAAUCUAAUUAUUUUACUAAUCAAGUCAACAUGCCAUUCACCCAUAUUAAUAAUAUUUAAAACAUUCUUGAUGCAGUUUUCAAUAACUGA